AUGGAGCCAGCACUCAGCGCAGAAGAACGCCAGCGGCUGCGCAGCACGGUGCUGCGCACCAUGCAGCUGCAACUCGAGACCACAGAACAACACAUAGACGCCAUCAAGAAGCACACGUUGGCCAAGCUCGACCUGCUCCAGCAGGCCCCCGCAGUAUCAGCAUCGCAGCAGGAGUUGCUUAUCAGGCAGGUGCUCCAGCUGGAGCGGCGUCGUGGAGAGUGA